CCGCACCGACUGACAGAGACCGUCAGGGCAGCGGACGAGAACCCUCUGUUCACCGUUAACUGUGACGAGUGACGCCGAGAGGCGGGAACUGUUUUCAGGACGAAGUCACCAAACUUUAAAAGGAACCAGUGUCGGUUACUGGAUAUUACUGACGGUGAUAAGAAGAUAUGGACGCGCUCUUAGAGGACGGGGAAGGAAAAGACGAAUAAACCCGCGAACCAAAGUUGACUCCGAGCUCCUGAGAGAACAUUCUGGGAGAACGUCGCAUGUUCGCGGAUGUUACCACGGUUAAAUCACAGUGUUGACACCGACUCCCUUCACUCCUCUAUGGGACAAUCCAGAACUUAAAGUAGUGGGCUGUUGAUGGAGAGGCCUUCGAAUGUCAGCCGGGACGGUGGUCAUCGCAGGAGGAAUUCUAGCUACAGUCAUCUUACUGACCAUAGUGGCUGUGCUGUGCUUAUGUAGGUUACAGUAUUACUGCUGUAAGAGAGAGGAGUCUGAGAAGGGGGACGAGGAGGAACCGGAGUUUGACACCAUGUCGCCGUUCCACCCCCUGGCUCUGACAGCUCCCCCUACACCUCCCACGCCGGAGCACUACAGCGACGAGCCUGAGUCUUACCCUCCCACGUUCCUCACCGAAGCAAACGGGCCCACAGGGUACUCGCCUACGCCUCCCCCACGUAGGUGCCAGCGCUCGCACGCCUUCUGCCCGACCUGCGCCCGCUGCACGCUACCGUUCUAUCUGCAGCACCCGAAGAGGAUGUGCAACGGAGGGGGCGGGAUCGGCUACAGGACUGUGCAGCAGCAGGACCUGGAACUGCCCAGGGAUCUGACCAACUUUUAUCAGAAGCUCAACCUCAUCCACUCGCUGACCACGCGAGAGGUGGUGACCCACAGUGUGAGCACCGACGUGUAGGAGCAGCUGCCCCGACGGCAGUGCUGCCCGGAGGGCGAGCGGUGGCGACAGUGGACCGGUGAUCUGAAUUCUAAAGAGACACUGCACUGCAGUGAGAGGUCAACAUACGUUUUAGCCAUUUUAGACACAGUACUGACCAGUCCCGUGUAGUUUGGUGUUUCACUUACCGAGUACCUUAGGAGGAUAAAUACAGUAUAUUUGUAUAUAUGUGUCAAACAUCAAUGAAAGUCUUAUCUAUUCAAGUAGAAAACCAGGUGCAGCAUGAAAAACGUCGAAGACCAAAUAAGUUUUCAUUGUCGUCCGUUAUUUCUUUUCAGGACUGGGGUCCAAUGGGGGGGUUGGAGCCAAUCACAACCAUUUACACCUGGACAGUCUGACAGUAUGUAGAUAAACAACAGUUGACACUACCAUUGCUUACAGUACUUACACUGGCAGAACAGGCAACCUGUUACUGCUGAGAAUCAAACCAGUGACCUUCCUGCUAUAAGGCAGGAGCACUAACCCUUCUUCCACCGUGUGACCUUAGACCAGUGGUUCUCAAGGAGGACAGAAAUGUUUUUACGCCCCCCGCGAAUUGAAACACUAUUGAGAACAUGAAUAUUUUUAUCUGUACAAACCACUGUGUGAGUUGCUGCCACCUAGUGACUGGAGGCUUGUUAUCGUUCAAGCUGCAAUAGUGGGGCCCCUCCCCACUAUUUGAGAAGUACAGUCUUACACCAUGACCUAACCCACCUUCAACAAUGCACAGUACAUAUAAAGGACCCCCAGUCAAUCCAUUAGUGACUACACAUAAACACAAAGGACUAGCUGUUUUGGCGCCCCCUAUCGUGACAGUUGUAAUUGUUUUUUCUUUUUUUUCUACCUUACAAUUAGUACUUAGUAGCAGUCACUCAGACACAGAAUAUAUAACAAAUGUAUUGGACUACUAAGUGACUCACCUCCUGAGAAUGAAACAUCACGUACCACUAGAGGGCGCCCAAGGUGACAAGGUAUGAACGCCACGAGAACGUUUGAGAACUACCGUGAAUUAUUCUACCGGAGUAAAAUGUAAAAAAGUAAUACGAUGAAAAUAUUUGUCAGUCACCUGUGUUUGUACCUGUGGUCACUUCCUUCUGUCCUGACCGUUAACUGGGAAAAAACUGGGUGACGACAUUUAAGAAAAACAUGUUUCAGUGUGUGGAACACACAAAGGGCUUUUCUGAAGCAUUCAGGGUUUCAGCAGAGACA